CACUCCAGGCAUUUCGUUUCUCUCCCGGCCGGGCGCCUCCCCUCCGCUGCGCUCUGAGCGUGUGCAGAGCGCCGAUGCGCGCGUUUGCGGCGUGUGUCAGCCCGCGGCCCUCCUCCACGUGUCCGCGCUCACAAGGCGGCGCGGCGUGCGGAAAAGCUAUUUCACCCGCGCCUCGCCGCCGCCUGGCUAGUUGGCUCCCCAACCGAGGGUGCGCAGCAACCAGCUCCCGCUUCCCAGCCUCGCCGCCUGGCUGCUCUCCCCGCUCGCGCCGCCGCCGCCGCCGCCGCCGCCUCCUCCGAUCGCCUCCGUGCCCAGGGAGAAGAGAGCGAGAGCGCCCAGAGACGCGCCCCUGCUGCCCGAGAUGCGGCUCGCCUUCGCGCUCUGCCUGCUGGCCCUGGCCAUGCCGGGCUUGGGCCGCGCCCGGGUGGUGCGCCCGGAGGAAGCGGGCUUCGCCGAGUGCGACAGCUUCUUCCUGGCCCAGGCGCCCCCCGAGGGGCUGCCCGGGCCGCCUGCGCACGUGAAGGUCUGCCAGACGUACAAGGGCGAGCCGCGCUUCGCCACCCUCUACAGCACGCGCGACAAGAUCCCUCUCUACUCGGCCUUUAAGUACACCGAGGCGGCCGCGAGCGGGGAGGAGAGCUGGCUGGUGGAACCGCAGAUAGAUGAUCCCAAAAAUGGCCUGGAAGAUAUGGUGCAAGAAGCUGAGAUCACUGGUUCAUUGGAGAAUUUGGGGGAAAACCAGGCCCUCAGUGCAGACUACGUGGAUUCCGGCUAUGAGAGAACACAUCUGAACCCCAUCUCUCUUCAUAAGGGCGAUCACCAGGUGGCCACAAACACACUGACCAAUGCUGUCCCCGUGCCCUCAGCUGUCCAGGAAACUUGGGACUGGGAAGUCAGUAACCUAGUUAGCCGUGGUUUGGCUCCUCAUUGUGAAAAAGGGAAAGACCUCUAUCUCAUUUCAGGAGCAGUUCCUUCCUCUGUCAAAGUCAAAGACAAGGUUUCCGUCCCUGAGUCUCUAUGGCUGGCAGCCUGCUGCGACAAUGGCUCCAAGUCCUGGUCUCUGGCGUUUUUGAAACCAGUGGCUGCUGGAAGCCGUCUAGAAGACCUAUCCCUGGAAGCACUUGAAAAGAAGCUUCCUUCAGGAGUCAACUUGUUCAAGAACCACUGCAGCAAGGACAGAAAUGAUCCCAAGGUGCUGGAAGCAGUGCAGCACUCUGUCAAAGAGAUAGCGGCCGAGGAAGCGCAAGCAAAAAAGACCCCCUCGACUCAAGUGACCAAGGAAACGGAUGAAGACAGUGGCUUUUUGAAAAAGCUGUGUGGUUUCUUCAUCACUCCUAUCAUCAAACUGCUGCAAUACAUCUGCAGCUUUAUUUGGCAGCUUGUCAAAUUGAUUGUCUCUCUCCUGUGCAAGGCUGUUCACAGCCUUUUACAGGCAGUGUGGACUUUCCUCAAAGGAAUCUGCUCUGUGCUGUUGAGUAUCUUUGUCAAUCUGGUGCAGGCGAUCGUCUGCAUUCUGAAUGGCAUCGCAACAAAUAUCUACAACGUUUUGAUGCUUCUAUACCGGAUUGUCAGCAUUCCUCUUAAUCUGAUCCUGGAUAUUGUGUCCUUCCCUUUUUACACUUUGGGCGCCGUCCCCGUUGUCCUCCAAGACAUCGCUUCAGGUCUUGGAGGGAUGUUUUUACUGAUCAUUGAUGCCAUCACUGGCUUUUUCAAGGGCCUAAGUUACAUUGCUUCUACUCUAGCUGGAAAGUGUUUGCCUAAUAUGUCUUCUGAACUCUAAACUAGGAAAACAAAACCAAAUCGCAAAGAACACCACCAAAGCAAUAUUUUCCCUGAUAUUGUUGCUAAUCUCUGGCUGCUCUUGUACAUAUUUAUUGUGGUGACAUUGAACAGUGAUGAACCAAUGUUCUGGUAACAUGGGUGAGCUACUUGACCCUGGAAGGGGAAUAUUAUGGAAAUAAAAGGUCUCCUUAUUAUAAAGCAUUCUGCUUUCAGUGGAUGGUUUUCUGUGACAUUCCAAGUCUUCUGAGAGUCAUCUUCCCUAGAACACAUGGAAAUGUUAAUAGAGGAUUCUCAGCAGUAACUGAAUCGCCCAAAGAACUUUGGUAAUAGUUUUUGGAAUAAAGGAAGAAUCUUACUGGGGUUGGGGAGAACAAGUUUUCUGAAAUUUUUGAAGAAUUUUUUAAAAUUCAAGAAUGAGGUGUUGGUUGGAAAACCACUGUGCUAAAUGUCUGUGUUUAUGGGAGGGGCUAUAACUUAAAAGUAGAACACAUCUUCUGUAAGCAAAAAGUCCCAGAAUUAAUCCCUGCAGGUAUGAGCAAAACGAAGUCCAAUGGCACCUUCAAGACUCAUAUUUAUUCCAGUGUGAGCUUUCAUGAGUCGGAGCUGGAAUUCAUGUUGUGAGCCUGUAAGGUGCCACUGGACAGUGUCAUGUUUUGCCAUAGUAGAUUGACAUGGCUACCCUUGUAGAACUAAGCAGAUACUAGGAAAGACUUUUGCCUGCCUGAGACCCUGAAAAGCUGCCAGACAGCGUCAGCAGCACUGAACUAGAUAGACGGAUGGGCUGUGGCUCAGUGUAUAUUUCUUGCAUGUAAAGUGUCCGAGGUACAGUUCCUGACUUCUGUUGCAGUCUUGGGAAUGUGUUUGUUGCUCUCUCUAGAGGCAGCUCAACCAUCAUUGCCCACGAAGGCAAUAAAACAAACUAAUAAAUAUAUGAUGUGGUCUUAUCUUGA